CAGGCCGCCCCUGCAGACCGAUCGCCUUUUAAUCUAUGCCGCUCACGGUAUGAAAAGCAUGGUGUACUCUGCAGAAAGGGUUAUGCGCAGGACGGAUUGUGAUUGGUGAAGAGCGAUGAGAAUUCCCCUCCAUUAUUCUGGGGGUGACGGAUGACGGGAGGAGAAUAUUAAACAGGAUGAUUGAAGAGAGCGGAAAGCGGAGGAGGACCAUGGCAGAGAAGAGACAGCUCUUCAUGGAGAUGAGGGCGCAGAAUUUUGAUGUGAUUCGCCUGUCAACAUACCGCACGGCGUGCAAACUUCGUUUUGUACAGAAGAGGUGCAAUCUUCAUCUGGUUGAUAUCUGGAACAUGAUAGAAGCCUUCCGAGACAAUGGCCUUAACACGCUGGAUCACAACACCGAGAUCAACGUAUCCCGACUUGAGACCAUCAUAUCGUCCAUCUACUACCAGCUAAACAAACGCCUUCCAUCUACUCAUCAGAUCAGCGUGGACCAGUCCAUCAGCCUUCUGCUCAACUUCAUGAUUGCUGCGUAUGACAGUGAGGGUCAUGGGAAACUGACCGUCUUCUCAGUGAAAGCCAUCUUGGCGACCAUGUGUGGUGGGAAGAUCCUGGACAAGCUGCGAUAUCUCUUCUCGCAGGUGUCGGACUCCAGUGGCUUCAUGGUCUGCGCCAAGUUUGACCAUUUCCUGCGGGAGGUCCUGAAACUGCCAACCACCGUGUUCGAGGGUCCGUCAUUCGGGUACACGGAGCACUCCGCCCGGUCCUGUUUUCCACCACAGAAGAAGAUUGCGCUGAACAUGUUCCUAGACACCAUCAUGGCUGACCCCCCUCCCCAGUGCCUUGUCUGGUUACCUCUAAUGCAUAGGCUCGCCCAUGUAGAAAAUGUCUUCCAUCCUGUGGAAUGCUCCUUCUGCCGAUGUGAGAGUAUGAUGGGAUUCCGCUACCGCUGCCAGCAGUGCCACAAUUACCAGCUUUGCCAGAACUGUUUUUGGCGAGGACAGGCCAAUGGUCCACAUAGCAACCAGCAUCAGAUGAAGGAGCACUCGUCCUGGAAAUCGCCGGCAAAGAAGCUAACUCACGCUAUCGGCAAGUCUUUUGGCUGCGUUCCCAGCAGAGAACCUCCUCAUCCCGUCUUUCCAGAACACCCCGAGAAACCACUAGACCUAUCGCACUUAGUCCCAGCUCGCCCCAACAUGAAUGAUGCAAUGGUCACUCAUAUUUCAUCUGGCGCACCCACACCCACAAAAAGGUUACACACGGACACAGGCGGACGGGUACCCGACGAGCACACUCUGAUAGCGGACUAUGUGGCUCGCCUCCGCAAUGGCACACGCGUACUUGACAGCCCGAGUCGAUUGGAUGAGGAACACCGCCUGAUCGCAAGAUACGCCGCACGGCUAGCUGCAGAAGCCGGCAAUUCCCCUCGUCCGCCUACUGAUCUCAGCUUCAACUUCGACGCCAACAAGCAGCAGCGGCAGCUGAUCGCCGAGCUGGAGAACAAGAACAGAGAGAUAUUACAAGAGAUUCAGCGGUUGCGUCUGGAACAUGAACAGGCCUCCCAGCCCACCCCUGAAAAGGCACAGCAGAACCCCACACUGCUGGCAGAGCUGCGACUACUACGGCAGCGGAAGGACGAGCUAGAACAGAGAAUGUCCGCGCUGCAGGAGAGUCGCCGGGAACUCAUGGUACAGCUGGAAAGUCUCAUGAAGCUGCUAAAGGCCCAAGCCGCCAGCUCUCCACACUCCUCGCCAAGCCAUGGUGCCAGUCGUCCUAUGCCUAUGCCAGUCCGCUCCACCUCAGCUGGUUCCACUCCCACCCAUGUACCUCAGGACUCCAUAGCGGGGCUGGGCGAUGUACAGGAAGCCUUUGCACACGGUACCAGAAGAAACCUUCGCAGCGACUUACUAGUAGCCGCAGACUCCAUUACAAACACAAUGUCUUCCCUGGUGAAGGAGCUGCACUCAGCGGAGGAGGGAGCGGACGAGGAAGAGGAGAAGAUACACAAUGGAAAGGACAGAGGUUUCCACCACAGAACAACACGGUGAUUCAAGCACAGCGAGCCCUCCCGUAUCCAUGUACUCUCCGAAACCACCAUGCCGCAUUUCCACAGCCAGCCGAGAUGUGACGAGGAAAUCUUGUUCGUGCAUGCUCAAUGUAACAUAAAACAUGCGUGUUACUGGGCCAUGGACCAUCAUGUCUUGCAGACGCUGGAUGGGACUGAGCGUGUAUAUGUGUGUGUGUGCGCACUCGUCAUGGGUGAAGAGGCCGGGGGACACUGUGACUCCGCCCCCAGCUGCAGGUCCCGCUAACAUUGGAACACAUGAUCCUGCGCACACGGGAACAAGCUGUAGGUGUAUCUUGGUAUAUCCUAUGUGGGUGUGUGCGUCUGCUCUGCAGAAUGUGGUACAUUUCAUGUCCAAAUGUUUACAUAAUAAUAAAUGUGUCUGUCUGUCAGAUC